AUGAUUUCUCAUUACUUACAUUUUGUUACAACAUUGAUUCAAAUAUUAAGCAAAAAUCAAAAAUUUUUAUUUAAUUUCAAAGAAUCCCCUAUAUUUAAUUAAGAAGAUAAAGUGAAAUUAAUAAUGGCAUUAAACCCUAUAUAUAAUAGAUUUGAAACUUUCUCGUAUAUAUUUAGUUAAAAAAAAAGAAAAGUUACUUUUUGUGUUAAGGAACAAUUAAAGGAUUUGAAUUUUUUGCAUAUAAAGGGGUUAAAAAAAAGAGAUGAUAGGGCAGACAAUCAUUAGGAGUAACAUUUAAUAUUCUUGAUUGAAAAAUAGGUUUGA